AUGAAUACGAGACCUCGAGAGACCUCAUGUUCUAAUCAAGAUCCAAACCUCUAGUCUCCGCUCCAGCUGGGCCGGUUCAUGUCUGCGCAUGUGGAGCGUUAUACGACCACUUGACUUCAAGCCAUCGCCAUGUCUCUCAAUGGAAAGAUCGCAAUAGUGACGGGAGGGGCUCGAGGAAUCGGUGCUGGCAUAGUCAAAGCUCUUGCCAAACAAGGUGCAAGUGUUGCAUUCAAUUAUGUCUCUCCCUCCUCCGAAGCUGCUGCUCUCACAUUGGUUGAGGAAGUCAAGGGGUUGGGGGUCCGAGUGGCGUGCGUACGCGUUGAUAUGGCGUCUCUCAAGGCUCCCUCUGCUCUUCUGAAUGCCGCUCUUCAAGAAUUCCAGACCGACAAGGUCGAUAUUUUGGUAAACAACGCGGGUGUUGGAGGAAAUGUACCCCUCGAAGAAAUCACGAUCGAAGAUUACGAUCGGCUGAUGACGGUUAACGUCAGAGCAGUCAUCUUCAUGACCCAAAGCGUCUUACCUCACAUCAACCGCGGCGGUCGUAUUGUCAACUUGUCUUCGAUAUCCGCCCGCGGCGGCUACUCAACUCAAUCCGUAUAUGCCGCAUCCAAAGCCGCCGUUGAGGGCCUCACACGGGUCUGGGCCACAGAGCUGGGCCACAAGUAUGGGAUAACGGUGAACUCAGUCAACCCCGGCCCUGUCGACACCGAUAUGUACCGUGCUGCUGGGCCUGUACAUCUUGCGAGGAUGGAAGAACAGAAUAAGAAAGUUCCUGCCGAGCCCAGAUGUGGCAAGGAGGAGGAUGUGGCAGAAAUCGUUGUUUUUUUGUGCGAAGAGAGAUCGCGCUGGGUGACUGGAGACACCAUCUGUGCGAACGGAGGCAUGGUCUACACAUAGAGAAGGGAAGUUAAAUAGAGAUUUGGAGUGUGUUGCCAUCCUUGAUGCCCACGUGUGCUUCCGGUCUCACUGUAAAGAUGUCUUUUGCC